CCCAUCCGUACGGAAGUCGAAGAUGGCCAAAAUUGUGAAACAAGGCAGUCCUUUUAUUUAUCUCUACGAAAUAUAAACAUGGCUUCCGUGAUAAUAAAACACAUUGCUUCUCGUUGCGUUCUCAGAACUUACAAAAAAUCCAUUCGUGUAUGUUGGACCAGGCCUUUAUGUGCAAGUACAAAUGAUACAGGUAAUGCAGCAAAAUCAGAACGAGGCAACAAGGCACCUAAAAUAUAUACAAAAACAGGAGACAAAGGUUUCUCCAGCACUUUCACCGGUGAAAGAAGGCCAAAGGAGGACGGUAUUUUCGAAGCCUUAGGGGCAACCGAUGAGCUGUCCUGCGCUAUAGGAUUGGCCAGAGAAUUCUGCAUCGACCAAGGCCAUGCAUUCACAGAAGAGCUAGAAAAGAUUCAGUGUGUGCUACAAGAUGUGGGAUCGAAUAUCGCCACACCCCAGUCAUCAGCAAGGCAAAGUCACAUAAAGAAGACCAUGUUUAGUGGACACCCUCUCUCUGACCUGGAACGCUGGAUUGACAAAUAUACCGAGGAACUUCCUCCACUGACCAACUUCAUUUUACCCUCCGGAGGGAAGAGCAGUGCCGCCCUGCACGUGGCCCGGUCAGUGUGCCGCAGGGCGGAGCGCAGCGUUGCCCCUAUCGUACGGUCAGGUGAGGUGGACGCAGAAGUGGCCAAGUUUCUGAACAGGCUCAGCGAUUACCUGUUCACCGUAGCCAGGUACGUGGCUAUGAAAGAGGGCAACAGGGAGACCGUCUACAGGAGGCCUGAAUGAGGAACCGCAGGAAUGAAGAAGGGAAGGGGGGGAAGAAACAAAAUGGCCGUGCGCACAAGACUCAAACUCCACAGGAGUGCAUCUCAGUGGUGCAUCCAGGACUGAAGCUACAGUGUGUGAAACAGUACUUUUACUUCAGCACCACAAACUUAUCUUCCAAGAAGAAGAUGUUCAUUAUUAAAUACAUUCAUUUCUGAAAUGAUAUGAUUGUUUUCAUGUAAAAUAAACUGCUUUCACACUUUUUUUCUGACCAUAUAA